CUUGAGUGACGUCACUUCCGGUCAGGCCGCGCAGCAGCAGGUGUGUAGCUGAGGCAACAGCAGCAGCAGGAAUUAAAAUGCAUUCUGGGAAGUGUAGUCCUUCUAGUGGAUCAUUCUGGCUUCUCCCGAAGGGUUCCAAUGCAUUCUGGGAAGUGUAGUCCCUCCAGUAGAUCCUGGCUGAAUCAUCUGAAGGCUCCUGUAGACCCCCAACAUGAAGCCAAUCCUGAAUCUUCUGCUCUUCUGGCUUCUCCUAAGGGGUUCCAAUGCAUUCUGGGAAGUGUAGUCCUUCCAGUGGAUCCUGGCUGAAUCAUCUGAAGGUUCCUGUAGACCCUCAACAUGAAGCCAAUCCUGAAUCUUGGAUUCCAAUGCAUUCUGGGAAGUGUAGUCCUUCCAGUGGAUAAUUCCGGCUUCUCCUGAAGGAUUCCAAUGCAUUCUGGGAAGUUUAGUCCCUCCAGUUUAUCCUUGCUUCUCCUGAGGGAUUCCAAUGCAUUAUGGGAAGUGUAGUCCCUCCAGUAGAUCCUGGCUGAAUCAUCUGAAGGUUCCUGUAGACCCUCAACAUGAAGCCAAUCCUGAAUCUUUCUGCAGACGACAUCAUGGCUCAGCUGGUGGAGUGCGUCCCAAACUUCUCCGAGGGCCGAAACCAAGAGUUGAAGCUUGCUGAUUGGUCCCCUGACUUCGGCCCAGCGGAGUUCGUGCCAUCGUGGGGCGCCACGGUAACCGGUGCUCGUAAGUUCCUGAUCGCCUUCAACGUGAACGUGAUCGGCACCAAGGAGCAGGCGCACCGCAUCGCGCUGGACAUCAGGGAGCAGGGCCGCGGGAAGACACAGCCUGGGCAUCUGCAGAAGGUGCAGGGGAUGGGCUGGUACCUGGACGAGUCCAACAUGGCCCAGGUGUCCACCAACAUCCUGGACUACGAGCUGACCCCCCUCCACACGGUGCACCAGGAGAUCUGUAGCAUCGCACAGGUUGUGUCGCAGUUAGUUUCUGCCAUCUGAAGCUCCAGCUGAAGGAACAAAAGAUGAAGACGCCUAAAGAAGUCGUCUUGGGAAUUUUAGAAGACUUGGGAGCUGAGGACU